UGUUUGAAAUUUUGAAUAGAGAACCAAGGAAAUAGUUGUUUGGCCCGAUAAUUUACGGGGGGACAAAGGGUUCCAAAAAUUAUCGGACCAAAAAAAAAAAAAAAAAAAAAAAAAAAAAAAAAAAAAAAAAAGGUUCCAAUAAGUGAAAAGCUUAAAAUUUUGUUGAUAAAAAUAAAAUCUUGAAAAUUCCAACAAAAAUGGCGUUAGCAAGCUCAAGAAUGCUCCUGGUGCGAGCAUCAUGGGACACUCAACAAAGAUUACCUUACAACAAAGAUUGUCCUCGCAAAUUCAGGAAAUCCAAGUCCAAUUCUCUCUCCUUAACUUCAUCUUCAACCUCUCAAAACAAGCGGAGUUCCCGUUUAAAGUUUGAUGUUGAUAAUCUUCUUAAGCUCGACCCUAAAACCCCUCAAAAUGUUAACUUGGAGGGGCAGGCAUACUUGGGUUAUGAGAGAUGGUUGCCAAGCCCGCCAAAGGUGGAGAAACCUCGGUCUUCACACAAUGCGGCUUCCUUGGCGUUUAUUGGAGACUGUAUAUAUGAGUUGUAUGCGCGGAGGCAUUUCUUAACACCUACACUGAAUAUUGAGGACUACAAUGAUAGUGUGAUGGAAGUAGUACGCUGUGAGGCACAGGAUGCCCUACUUCAGAAACUUAGUAAUGCAGAUUAUUUGUCAGAAGAAGAAAGGGAUGUUCUACGGUGGGGAAGGAACAUUACUCCAUCUAAAACCCGAACUACAAAACGUGCUGGUGUAGCAGUUUAUAGCAGAGCUUCAUCUUUGGAAACACUGAUCGGUUACCUUUACCUUACCAAUCCAUUACGCUUGGAGGAUAUGAUGUCAAGGAUGGGAUUCUCAGUCGGUUUUUCCAACCAAUCAAUUCUCGAGAGUGUAACUGUGGAGUUGUCAAGCUUGAAGCAAAAGAGACCAAGAGAGAAGAAGCCUCUACUAAGCCGAUCAGAAACAGUGCCGAGCAGUGUUAAUACAAAGGAAGCAUUGGUAGAGUGUUAAUAGAAAAUGGUCUUGAUGGUGUGGAGACAUCAACAGCAUUCAAUUAGAUUAGGGACUGGUUUAAUACACGAUCUUAAUGUAAUCAAAUUAUAAUUGUUGGAAGUUUGCAGAGAAGUGUAUAGGCGUAUAGUUUGCUGGAAGUAGUAUAUGUAUUCAUUCUCGAGAUCAAGUUAUAUCAUGAUCUACUGAUUUAAUAACAGAAAACUAUAGUAGACGAUUCUUGUUUGGCUUUAUAUAUA